CGACCCACCGCCGCUCGAUGUGUUGCAUGUUUGGGAUUGUUGUGAUGGGAAGAGACGGCCAUCUUGGAUGAGCGCUGGACGACGGCGAUCUGUUAACAGUUGAGCUAACGUUAGCUUCCUCCGACUUGAGCGCCCGUAAUCCCCCUCCCAGUACUAUGUCCUUUGAACGUUACAUUCCAUCGAUAGUCUUUAUUUGAGUGGAUACGAUGGGGGAAAGCGGGCGUUUAAUUGGAUAAAUUGCGAGAGGUCGACGGCGGCGCGUCUCCUCUGUUGUGUAUAUAUGCUUUACAUUUCUGGAUAAAGGAGUGACUAUGAAUGGAGGAUAAAUGUUGCCAAAGGCUGACCGCAGCAGUUUCGUCCUCUUCUCUCUGCUCUUUGGCCUCACAUUAGCGGACCCACCACGGCCAGAGCAACGCUGCAGUCCCGGGCAGUUUGCCUGCCGCAGCGGGAAGAUGCAGUGUAUCCCCAUGUCGUGGCAGUGUGACGGCUGGACGGCGUGUGAGGACCAGAGCGACGAGAUGGACUGCCCCCCAAUAAAGGAAGAACGGUUUCGUUUCGGCCAAGGUUAUGACCAGGAUGAUGACGUCAUGGGCGUGGCUCAGCCUGUGCGCUUCAACAAGAAAUGCCCCAGCGGGUGGCACCACUACGAGAAGACGGCGAGCUGCUACAAAGUGUACCAGCGCAGCGAGGACUACUGGCAGGCCGUGGACACGUGUCAGAAAGUCAACGGCUCGCUGGCCACCUUUGUCACCGACGAGGAGCUGCAGUUCAUCCUGAAGAUCGAGGUGGACUUUGAAGACCAAGAGUGCGAGCGCAGAGACCAGUGCAAGUUCUGGGUAGGAUACCAGUAUGUGAUCACCAAUCAGAACCACUCCCUGAAGGGCCGCUGGGAGGUUGCUUAUAAAGGGCCCAUGCAGGUGUUUCUGCCACCCGAGGGUCUCGCCAAUUUGGGCGAAGCAUCCCUCAGCCAGGACAACGUCUUCUGCGCCCAGCUCCAGCGAUUCCAGCUUAAAGGCAUGAACGAGCGAGGCCUGCACAGCUGGCACGCCGAGAACUGCAACAAGCAGUUCCCCUUCCUCUGCAAGCGCAGACAAACCUGCGUGGACAUCAAAGACAACGUGGUGAACGAGGGCUACUACUUCACGCCCAAGGGCGACGACCCGUGCCUGAGCUGCACGUGUCACGACGGCGAGCCCGAGAUGUGCGUGGCAGCGCUGUGCGAGCGGCCGCAGGGGUGCCAGCACUUCCGCAAGGACCCUAAAGAGUGCUGCAAGUUCACCUGCCUGGAUCCAGAUGGAAACAGUCUGUUUGACUCCAUGGCAAGCGGGAUGAGACUGAUCGUCAGCUGCAUCUCGUCCUUCCUCAUCCUCUCACUGCUUCUCUUCAUGGUGCACAGGCUGAGACAGCGGCGGCGAGAACGCAUCGAAACGCUCAUCGGAGGAAACUUGCACCACUUCAACCUUGGAAGACGCGUCCCGGGUUUCGACUACGGCCCGGACGUCUUCGGGACCGGCCUCACUCCCCUGCAUUUGUCCGACGACGGCGAGGGUGGCGCUUUCCACUUCCAGGAGCCUCCCCCGCCAUACGUGGCCUACAAGUAUCCCGACAUCCAGCACCCGGACGACCCCCCUCCUCCGUACGAGGCCUCCAUCAACCCAGACAGCCUCCUUUACGUGGACCUCGGACACGGCGGCAUCGCCAUGAUACCAAGCCACAUGACCGGCAUGGUGGACGGACUCCAGGUCGCCGACGUGCCCGACGCCCCUGUAAACGUCCCCGUGCCGCACCCCCUGCCGCCGUUGACCCAGGAGAGGGAGGACUCCAUCGACAGCAGCACCCUCCUGGUUGGGCCCGACACCCCGACGGAUGGCCACGCCCCCGCGGCGCCAGACUGCGCCACGUCCCUCAGCACAGUAGUAUAAGACUACAGGGGAGUUGUACAGACAUAUCAGAGCAGAGAGGACUGUUUGUGUACAGAACACUCAUGGAAGGCUGCUUUUAUACUGAUCGCUCCAGAGGCCCACGUGUAAAUACGUCAUCCGGGGCGACGGUGGCGUGUCUUUUCCCCCAUCAUGCUUAGUUUUUGAGCGAGAGCGCCACCGCUAUCGUCUCGCUUUCCUCCUGGACUGCUGCGUGUGUGGCCGUGUCGCCACACAAAAGGGUUUGACGGUGUUUUCUUCUCGCGCACACAGGUAGUGACGUUAAUGUGGUACCAGGCUUAGUUUUCUUUGCUUAGAACAGUGGUUCUUAACCUUGUUGGAGGUACCGAACCCUACCAGUUUCAUAUGCACAUUCACCGAACCCUUCUUUAGUGAAAAUGUAUUUUAUUUUUUGGAAUUCAAGACAAAGUUAUAUGUUUUUGGUGACACUUUACUAUAGGGAACAUAUUCUAAGUAACAGAGACUUAAUUUAGAGUUAUUUGGAGACUAGGGGAACAUAUUUUAAUUAACAACUACUUAAUUUAGAGUUAUUUGGUUAGGGUUAGGGGUAACAAAGACUUAAUUUAGAGUUAUUUGGUUAGGGUUAGGGUCAGGGUUAUAAUAAGGCCAUGCCGAAUAAAGCAUUAAUAAGUACUUAAUAAUGACUAGUUAAGAGCCAAUAUGUUACUAAUUUGCAUGUUAAUAAGCAACUAAUUAAUGGUGAAUAUGUUCCCCAUACUAAAGUGUUACCAUGUUUUUUUUUAACUGGUGCACAAAAUGAACCGUGCAUGAACAUCACCUUGUUCAAAGAACAAAACCAACACAGUGCAUAAACUCACAACAAAUUACACACCCGCAAAUCAGUCUGACUUCCGCUAUUACCGUAUCCGUACCACGCCGAUAGGGAGAAGUUUUUAUUUACGCGAUGAGUCGGGUGUGUUUUGACCUCCGCCGAACCCCUGAGGCCGACUCACAGAACCCAGGUUAAGAACCACUGGCUUAGAAGGAGCAUGAACUCCACAUGAGUCCUUUUUGACAAACUCGGUCCAUAGCUUCCAUUCAUGGUGUUGCGUUAGCGCCCCCCUGUGGAUAGUUUGCUAACUGAAGCAUGUUUCGUGCACGCUUGUCCCUCUUUUCUUUUCGUAACAUCAUCUUGACGGUUAGAAAAGCCAACGAGUUAGGAACGCCCUUCAUGACGACAAUCCUUCCACCUGCCAACCAUUAUUUGAUUCAUUCGUGCUUUUUACCCCCUCCCCCUUGUUUUGGCUUUGACAAUCCUCCUUCAGACCCUCCAGAGAAUAUUGCAUGUUCUUGAGAUGGUGUUUUUCUUUGUUUUAUCACUACAUUUGUUUGCUUGUCUGCAGUCAGUGCAUGUUUGUUUUUGUUUUUUUCCCCCCAUGCGUGGUGAUACUUUCUUUGGUUUCCUUUUUAAUUUGAAACGACAUCCUAAUCUCCGGAUGCACGCAGCACCACAUUGUCCACGGUAGUUUGUGCUAAGGUGACGACUGGACUGAUUUUACUGGCUUUUUGUCUUUUACGUGGCAGCCUGUGGACUAAACAAUGCUCUGUUUGUACGGGGGGUUGUGUUUUCUGAGGUAGAUGUACGUCUAAUCAAAUGCCAAAUAAACGACACCUUGCAGGAUGA